AUGCUAGCCAUUGACAUUCUCAUCGUACUUGUUGCUACGCUACUUGGUUGCCUUGGUAACAUAGGGUUGAUAGUAGCAACGCGUUUCAGUCAGUAUUUUUAUUCAUUGUUUAUUGUCAACUCUGCUGUGCUGGAUAUCCUUUYAGUAGURAUAGGCUGCUGUGUUUAUCUGCUUGGGCAUUUCCAAGGUUCCUCGUGGUUUUCUCAAAAUCCUUCAGUUUGCCAGUCCCUGGGGUUCUUCUCAGCCUUCACUGCCCUUAGUUCGAUASUGGGUUGGCUCUGUUUGGCUUUCUAUUCUCGUCAAAUCCAUCGUUUUGUCCCUAAAAAUCGACRGUUUCGUUUGCUGUUGAUCGCAAGCUGGGUUUUGGCGAUUGGUUURUCCAGUAUCGGACUCGGRUKGGGUACCUACUCUUAUGACAACAACUUGAAGAAUUGCUCACCCACCUCAACCCACUAUCUAUACUUCAUAACUGCAGUUUCAUUUGGUGCCCAUACUGUAGCCUUAGUAUUAAGCUGUCUGUCUUUUAAACUUCAAAAACGCUAUCACCUCCAAGUCCAGUGGCAGAGACAUAGACACGAGCUGCAGCAUAACGACCCUGAACAGACAACAAUGCAAAGCUCCCAGUCCGAGUUGAGCUCCAGCACUACAAAUUCCAUUGAGAAUUUGCUUYUUGCAAUUGCCAGAACUAAUAUCCAAGAAAUUGGCAGGCCAUUAGAGUCCGUUAAGUCCUUGAAGACGCUGAUGUUUGAAGACACAAGUGAUCAACGAGCUGGCAUAAAACAGACUACAGGAAAGAAUGCUCCUUUAUCAAUUGAUCAGGAAGAGGAACAUACAGAGACAGCUAAUGAGCAAGUCCACAAAAAAUCAAACAAGUCCUACACCAUACCGCUAAGGGAUGACAGACCCAGAUGUAAGCUGCACAAGUUUAAAGGCACCAUUUCUUUUGCUGAAAUUUAUGCCAAAGCUGAUCAUGACCAUAGACAGUUCUUGAAACUUGUUAUCGUCAUAACCUUCCUAUCUCUGAUUGGUUGGAUGCCAAUGUACGUCAUYAGUUUCUUUAGCUUGUUUAGUAUUUCAUUGUCAGCCAGUACAUUGCUCGCAAUUUACUUGCUUACCUAUCUUAAAGCUCUUUUCGGUCCUUUGUUUUAUUUUGUAUGCUGURAGCAGUACAGGGAAAUUGUUACUGCYAGAUUGCGGCUAAUACUGAAAGGUGCAGUUAAGAAUCAUACGCUUCCUUCACAUAGGCGUAAGUCGGUUACUGUUUCAGAAAAUCAAGAAUGCACAGAUUUUCAAUCCGUAACUUUGAAAACGUUUGCUAAAGUAUAA